GGCAGAGGAGAUUGUCACGUGACGAAUAGAGUUCAGGGCGGGGAACUUUGUGACGCAGACGCACUGUUUUGUCCACGAAUAGGUGUGUCCCAGUUAGCUCCGCCCAGGACUACGUGUUUCCGUCAGACGCCGGCCCUGGGGCUGCUGGGAUUCGUGCGGCGGUAGAGGCCGCUGCGGGUUGUACGUGAGGCCGGGGUUUGGGCUGCACUAGGCCGCAGAAUGGCGGAGACUAAAGUGAUUUACCAUCUGGAUGAGGAGGAGACCCCGUACCUGGUGAAGGUCCCUGUCCCGUCCACUGACAUCCGCCUGAGGGACUUCAAGGCUGCGCUGGGCCGAGGCCACGCCAAAUAUUUCUUCAAGGCCAUGGACCAAGACUUCGGGGUAGUGAAGGAGGAGAUAUCAGAUGACAAUGCCAAGCUGCCGUGCUUUAAUGGGCGUGUGGUGUCGUGGCUCGUGUCCUCCGAGGGUUCUCAGCCGGAUUCUGCACCCCCAGCUACAGAGGUCAGACCUGAACCCCCUCCUGUUCCACCCCCCGUGCCACCGCCCCCAGCAGAGAGAACCAGUGGGAUUGGAGAUUCCCGGCCUCCCUCCUUUCAUCCCAACGUGUCGGGCAGUACUGAGCAACUGGAUCAGGACAACGAGUCUGUCAUCUCCAUGCGCAGAGACCGAGUCAGGCGGAGAGAGAGCAGUGAGCAAGGUGUUGACAGAGGGGUGAAUGGACGGACAGAGCGGCACCUGUCUGGGUAUGAAUCUUCCUCGACUCUAUUGACCAGUGAGAUUGAGACGAGUAUCUGUGAUUCGGAGGAGGACGACACCAUGAGCAGGUUCAGCAGUUCCACGGAGCAGAGCAGUGCCUCACGCCUUCUGAAACGGCACCGACGCAGACGCAAGCAGAGACCCCCACGUCUGGAGAGGACGUCAUCAUUCAGCAGCAUCACCGACUCCACCAUGUCCCUAAACAUCAUCACAAUCACACUGAACAUGGAGAAGUACAAUUUCCUGGGCAUCUCUAUCGUGGGGCAGAGUAACGAGCGGGGAGACGGGGGCAUUUACAUUGGCUCUAUAAUGAAGGGCGGAGCUGUGGCAGCUGACGGCAGGAUUGAACCCGGGGACAUGUUGCUACAGGUGAAUGACAUUAACUUUGAGAAUAUGAGCAAUGACGACGCAGUCCGUGUGCUGAGGGAUAUUGUCCAUAAACCGGGGCCCAUUGUCCUGACCGUGGCCAAGUGCUGGGACCCCUCCCCUCAGGGGUACUUUACUCUCCCCCGCAAUGAGCCCAUCCACCCUAUUGAUCCUGCUGCCUGGGUCUCCCACUCAAGCGCCCUGAGCGGAUCCUUCCCAGUGUACCCCGGGAGCGCCUCCAUGAGCAGCAUGACCUCCAGCACCUCUGUCACUGAGACUGAGCUUUCCCAUGCGCUCCCAGCAGUGUCGCUCUUCAGCCUCUCCAUACACACUGACUUGGCUUCUGUUGUGAAGGUCAUGGCUUCCCCCGAAUCCGGCCUUGAGGUCCGAGAUCGCAUGUGGCUGAAAAUCACCAUUCCCAACGCCUUCCUGGGUUCUGAUGUGGUGGACUGGCUCUAUCACCACGUGGAGGGAUUCCAGGACCGGCGAGAGGCUCGCAAGUUUGCCAGUAACCUGCUGAAGGCCGGCUUCAUUCGCCACACAGUGAACAAGAUCACAUUCUCCGAGCAGUGUUACUAUAUCUUUGGGGAUCUGACUGGCUGUGAGAACUAUAUGGCCAACCUCUCUCUGAAUGACAAUGAUGGAUCCAGCGGCGCUUCUGACCAGGACACUCUGGCUCCUCUUCCCCUCCCUGGGGCUUCCCCAUGGCCUCUACUCCCCACCUUCUCUUACCAGUAUCAAGCCCCACACCCGUACAGCACUCAGCCACCUGCCUACCAUGAGCUCUCCUCAUACAGCUAUGGCAUGGGCAGUGCGGGCAGCCAGCACAGCGAGGGCAGCAGAAGCAGUGGAUCCAACCGCAGCGAUGGGGGUCGGGGCAUGCAGAAGGAUGACCGUUCUGGAGUGGGUGGGGGGGACUCGAAGUCGGGAUCUGGUAGUGAGUCUGAGUAUUCCACCCACAGCAGCAUAAGGAGAGUAGGUGGUGGGGAGGCUGGUCCCCCCAGUGAGCGAUCCACUUCAUCCCGACUUCCACCUCACCAUCCACCCUCUGUUCACUCCUAUGCUGCUCCUGGUGUCCCUCUCUCCUACAAUCCAAUGAUGCUCAUGAUGAUGCCGCCCCAUUCAUUACCUCCACCUGGGGUUUGUCCUCCCAAUUCUUCUGUACCACCUGGAGCUCCACCUCUUGUACGGGAUCUUGCGUCUGUUCCCCCGGAGCUGACUGCCAGCCGCCAGUCUUUCCAUAUGGCCAUGGGCAACCCUAGUGAGUUCUUUGUGGAUGUCAUGUGACACUAAGGAGCGGUUAUUUAUUGCUGCCCCUUCCUACUCCUGGGCUCUGUAUGUACACUCCGCAUGUCUCUAGUGUUUAUAAGGUCACUAUUGCAUUUCAGUAUAGGGCAGGGAAGCCCCUCACUGCAUGGACCCUGGCUCUCAUACAAGGGACAAGCUCCUCGACCCGUAACGAAGGAUAAGAAUGGGAAGCCCACCACAGGUGGGUAAAUAUCCAUAUGAUGCAACUGAAUUUCCUUCGCUAUAAAUGGCGGAUCCUCCAAGUCGCGUUUUCUUAUGGGAGAAAUCAGGAAUUGGAUCAUUUCCUCCCCAUCUAUGUUGAUGCUAUAGUUAGUUAUGAUGUCAUAACCCAGUGAUGUCACUCUGAAGUGGGGAACGUCCCCAUUUGUUACCGUAGGGUUCUUAAUUUAACCCACCAGUUUUUAUGAAAGAGCUGAAAUGAACAAAGGGGAAAUGUCCUAAUAUUGACGACAUAACCUCUGCCUGUUGUUAAACACUAAAGCUGUAGCACCCCCAGGAUCUGAGGGGUCCAUUGUACACUCCUAUCUACACGCACAUGUAUGUAUCUCUACACAGACGGUACUUGCCCCGUAAGGUGCAGUGAUAAUAAUGAAGUAUGUUACCAGUGUAUAUGAAUAAUGUGCCCCACGUGGGGCUGGGAGAGACUGGGCAGCCUUUCUGCCCCACAAGACACUGCUUCUCUUCCACCAGCAGAAAGCCUUCUCUUUGCUAUGUUACAUUACCAAUAGAUAUUCCUUUGUAUUUUUACACCUAACGCUGUAGCUGUGAAACUGACCCCCAACCUUCUAUUCCGGUGCCUCUGCUCCACUUCUGUGCCUUCUCACACCAACCAGAAAAUGCCUUAGAGUUGGGUCCGGAUGAUGGUGGGGCUGGGAUUGUGGCCCUCAGGGUAUCUUGAGAUAUUGCUCUACCCUGGGGGCAAAAUAAGUGCCUCGGUUACUUGCCUCUUAUUGUAUUUAUUACUUUUUUAGUGCAUAAACCUCAGUAAUAAAGCAAUUAAACGUU